AGAGGGAGAGUGGAAAGAGGUGCAGUUGGGCUGUUUCACGACUGUCACAGCUACUUGUUCGCUGCCCCUGCACUGUUUCUGAGUUUCAGUCUAACACUCUCUCAUACAUAAACAAGAGAGGGAAAAAAAGAGAGAAAGGAUGAUGGCCAUUCUGUCGCAGCUUUGGGUGCAAAUGUGAUUGAAGAACUAUCCUGGGUUCCAGCACAUCAUCACAACCUCGCUCUGCUUGUUGCGUCUUCCUCACCACUCUCACUUAGGAGGGAUUAAACUUUUUUUUUUUUUUUGAUCUCUUGUUGGCACAUCCGGAACUCUGAGAGUCUCUGACAUGGAGUCUCCCACCAAAGAGAUCGAGGAGUUUGAAAGCACGUCCCUGAAGUACCUCCAGCCCGAACAGAUUGAAAAGAUUUGGCUCCGGCUCCGGGGAUUGCGCAAGUACAAGAAGACGUCCCAGAGAUUAAGAUGUCUGGUGAAGCAGUUGGAGAGAGGAGAGGCUUCCCUCGCAGACCUCAAGAAAAACCUGGAGUAUGCGGCGGCGGUGCUGGAAUCUGUUUACGUCGAGGAGACAAGACGCUUGGUGGACACAGAGGAUGAGCUCAGCGACAUCCAGUCGGAAUCUGUGCCCUCAGAAGUGCGGGACUGGCUGGCCUCCACCUUCACUCGCCAGAUGGGCCUGAUGCUGCGACGCAAUGAAGAAAAACCUCGCUUCCGCAGCAUCGUCCACGCCGUUCAGGCUGGAAUAUUUGUUGAGAGGAUGUACCGACGCACCUCCAAUAUGGUGGGACUCAGCUACCCCCCUUCUGUCAUAUCUGUGCUUAAGAAUGUUGACAAGUGGUCCUUUGACGUGUUCGCUCUAAAUGAGGCCAGCGGGGAUCACGCACUUAAAUUCAUAUUCUACGAGUUACUCACAAGAUACGACCUCAUUAGCCGCUUCAAGAUCCCAAUCUCCGCAGUGGUGUCAUUUGUGGAGGCCCUGGAAGUGGGAUACAGCAAACAUAAAAACCCCUACCACAACCUGAUGCACGCCGCUGACGUCACGCAGACUGUACAUUACUUGCUACUCAAGACUGGCAUGGUGCAUUGGUUGACUGAGCUGGAGAUCUUUGCCAUGAUCUUUGCAGCGGCAGUGCACGACUACGAGCACACGGGGACCACAAACAACUUCCACAUUCAGACAAGGUCAGACACAGCAAUCCUCUAUAACGACCGCUCGGUGUUGGAGAGUCACCACGUCAGCGCAGCGUACCGCCUCCUGCAGGAUGAUGACGAGAUGAACAUUCUCUACAACCUGUCCAAGGAUGACUGGAGAGAGCUGCGGGCUCUGGUGGUGGAGAUGGUGCUGGCUACAGAUAUGUCCUGUCAUUUCCAGCAGGUGAAGGCCAUGAAGAACUUCCUACAACAACCUGAGGGCAUCGACAAGCCCAAAGCCCUUUCCCUGCUGCUGCACACUGCAGACAUCAGCCACCCGGCCAAAAGAUGGGACCUCCACCACCGCUGGACCACCUCCCUACUGGAGGAGUUCUUCAGACAGGGGGACAAAGAAUCAGACCUCGGGCUGCCGUUCUCGCCGCUCUGCGACCGAAAAUCAACAAUGGUGGCACAGUCCCAGAUCGGGUUCAUAGACUUCAUCGUGGUUCCCACCUUCACUGUGCUGACGGACAUGAUGGAGCGUAUCGUCACUCCGCUCAUCGACGAGGCCUCCCACUCAGGUCUCGCUGGCUUUCGACGCUCGAGUCUGAAUAGUAUUACCUCAGAUGAGGCCAAACGGCACAGUGUGAAGAGCAUGGGCUCCGACAGCCAAAGCUCAGGCCAAAGCUCUCUGCUGAUGGUGGACAUGAAGAACUUCAAGGCCCUGUGGAAUGAAGAGGUUUAUCAGAACAGAGAGAGGUGGAAAACACAGGCCACUAAAGAGGCGGAGGAGAGAGCUAAAAAGGAAGCGGAGGAGCAAGCUCAGCAGGAAGACACUAUGGAGCCCCAGGAGGGACAAACAGAAUCAGUGCAGCCUGAACCAAAGGAGGACCAACUGGAGGGGGAGGCGCCCGAGUCGGCAGAGGUCAGCAGACCGCCAGAUGGUAACACAGGGGAAACAGAGGAGGGAGAACAGGCCGGGAGCGCCACACACAAGAAUCCGUCACUUCAUAACGGAGAGUUGUCUGAAGGAGCAGAAUCUACAGAGGAUGAAGAAAAUAAAAACAAAAGUGGCGAUGCAGAGGUAGCGAUGGAAUAAUCGAGCUGUCGAUAGACAACAGCAUCACUGGACCCUGAACCUGUUCCUCUAACUCCACUGGGAGAGCUCACUCAGACUCACGUCAGAGGGAAGGCCAUCAGUUGGACUGUGUCGCCCUCUUCAGGGCUUCAAGAAACUCACACCUUCACUUCCAUUUUUAUGUCCUUAUGAUGAAUAGAUUUUACUUUUCCUGUGUUUACCCUCCAACACUCUUGUAUGCAGAGUUUGUGGCUCAACCCGUGUGCAUUGUUCCUCCCUCUCUGCUUAUUGGUGAAGACAAUACAGAAGAUUUAAUGACCUUAAGGUGAAGGUGCGGUUGAGAGGAGCCUUUUGAAAGACUGACACUGAAAAUAUUUUUUAUUUUGCCAAUCACACAUCCACAGACAUGUAGCCAUCGUACAAGUCCCGCUUUUUCUGUCUCUGCAUUCAUUUGUUAGAUUUUAGCAUCACACAGUAAAAGCUGGUUCAUUUAGAAACAAAGCAUGUUACAGUCAUUUGUUUUCGUCCUUUCAAAUUAAAACAGAAGUGCUUUUUAUUGUGGAAAAUGCAGGAUAAAUGCACAUGAAGAGGGACUUUUACCACUGCUACACGGAAUGUAAACUGUAUGUGUAUAGUACAAUGGGGUUAAAUUAACAAACCUACUCUAUCCAGAAAUAUUGUGCUCUGUAGGAAUUCCUCCUGGGAGUCUCACACGAUGGAGAGACUCCCACUAAACAACCUUUUCACCAUCAGUUGUGUCUUGU